CAUCAUCUCAUCACUCUUUCUGAGAUUUUUGUCUGCCUCGCAUUUGACGUCUAUACGUCUAGUCAUUCGUUACACACCCUGCACUUUUAAUCCAUACCUCAUAAUGGUUCCUUCCAUCGUCAAAGCGGGCGUGGUUGCUCUUUCUCUGGCUGUUGCUUCAGUGCAUGCUGCGGAGUAUACGCUUGAUCCCACUGAUGUUUAUGCGGGGGCAGCAUUCUUCGAUAUGUGGAACUUCAUCACAGAAAACGACCCCACUGGUGGAUUUGUAGAUUACCAGAGCCAAGCACAAGCACAAGCGAAGUCAUUGAUUGGAUUCAACUCCGCCAAGAACCGAUCUUUCAUUGGAGCCGACUACUCGACAGUGUUGUCGCCUAUUCAGACGGCAACGAACCGAGGGCGUGCCAGCGUCAGAAUUGAGUCUAAGAAGAACUAUACAAGAGGACUUUUCGUUGCGGACCUUUACCAUGCCCCGGCUAAUGUCUGCGGGACUUGGCCGUCCUUUUGGACUGUCAAUCACGAGAACUAUCCUGAGUGGGGUGAGAUCGACAUUUUCGAGAACAUCAACGAGAACACAGCCAGUCUUCACACUCUCCACACAACUGCUGGAUGCACCGUUGCUGCGAACCAAGGCGCCACCAGACAAACCUCCACCGAACAAUCAUAUAACUGCGAUGAUCAAGCAACUACUGGCCCGUUCGGUACAACCCAAAGUCAAUACCAAGGCUGUUCAGCCACCUCCACCACCGCUAACUCAUACGGGUCCGGGUUCAACAAUCAAGGAGGUGGAACAGUGGUCAUGGAAUGGUCAACUCACUUCAUCAAGAUGUGGACCUUCGCUCCUGGAGCAGUACCAGCCAAUAUCCUCAGCGAAACACCAGAUACCUCCACUUGGGGUCUCCCAUCUUUCGAUACCGAGGGAGGGAAUUGCACCAUGAAUGAUCAUUUCCAGGCUCACAAUAUGGUCUUCGAUCUCACCUUCUGUGGAACGUACGCGGGCCAGUCAUACUUCUGGGAGCAGACGAGCUGUUAUAAGAAUAACCCGACUGCAUACGCCACCUGCGCAGACUAUGUUGCUGCAAACCCCUCUGUGUAUGCCAACGCGUACUGGAUCAUCAACUCAGUCAAGGUUUACCAGUGGCAGUACUGAGCGACGAUAGUGGGAAAAAAGGGAAAAAAUAUAGAUUGGAUACCCCAUAAUAGAGAAGUUAGAUCACACAAAGGGUCACCCUUUCGAUUUCCAAAUCAAUCAUGGUCCAGCCACGAACGCAGGUGAGACUGGUCACGUGACUAGUGCUCAAUUUCCAUCAAUGUUGCGGCUAAGGAUGUACAAUAUCCUCUAAAAGCGACUGAUAUACUGCUUGAAAAAUUAC